CCGGGGAGGGCCGGGGGACCCGGUGCCACCCUGCGACUGGACGCUGUGCCACCAUCUGUGACACGGGGAUCCCGCUGGGUGGGAGGGACUUCGUGCCACCGGCCGUGGCUGUGAGUCGUGUCACACACGGCCCCUUUCACCGGGGGUUGCUUGCAACAAAGUGUCCCCCUGGGCACUGUGCCCACUGCCCCCGAACCCGCCUCCCAUUCGCCGCUUUCGGGGUGACCCCGGGAGCAGCAGGGACGGACGGAGCCGGUGGCUGACCGAGCCGGGAUGCGCAGCCCCGGGGAACCUGGGGGCUUCCUAUGGACGAGCCCUGUGCCUCAGUUUCUCCACUUGUCCCUGAACUGCCGUGAUCCCAUUUUGGGAUGUGUAACAACGCCACGUGAGAUUCCCGCAAAGCCCAUUUCCGUGGCUGCUCAGGCACCUCCGGCCGCCCCCGGACCUCGGCCCGCGGCUAUUUCUGGGAAGACAGGUGGCUCCGGACAGAAAUAGAGUGGGAAGUGCCACUGGAACACGCGGAAGGAGGGGAAGCGAGGGAGAUCUGGAGGAAUCUGGAGGGGUCGGAGAGAUGUGGGAUGGAGUGGCGUCUGCAAGGGUGUAGGGUUGGAUGGAGCCGAGUAUGGGGGUACAUAGGGGCAGGGUUUGCAAGGAAGUGGAGUGGGAUGGGGCAGGAUAUGGGGGUACACAGGGGCAGAAUGGAGCAGGGUUUUAAGGGAUGUGGGGCAGGAUGGAGCAGAGCAGUGGUUUGGGGGUACAUAAGGACACCGUUUGUGGGGCCAUGGGGCAGGACACAGGAAGGUAUAGGGGAUGUGGGGCUGGAUAUGAGGGGGACAGGAAGCAGUGGGGUAUUUGGGAGUGUAUAGGGGCCUAUUUUGGGGAUCCAUGGGGCAGGAUGGACUGGGGUACAAGGGGAAUAGGACACAGUGGGGUACAGGCUGUGCUCACGUGGGAGAGGAAGGGCAUGGGGGUGCUGCUGAUGCCCCUGAGGGUGGUGACGGCCAGGUGCUCCAAGGCCCCGGUGGUGGGUGGCUGUCCACAGUGGCCGGGGGCGAAGACUGCCUGUGGUACGUGGACAGAAACGGGUCAUGGCACCCUGGCUUCGACUGCGAGUUCUUCACCUUCUGCUGUGGCACGUGCCAGCAGCGGUACUGCUGCCGAGACCCUCUGCGCCUGCUCACCGAGCGCCAGCAGCGCCACUGCCUUGCCUUCAGCCCCAAGACCAUCGCGGGCAUUGCCUCAGCCGUGGUGCUUUUCAUCGCCAUCGUCACCACCAUCGUCUGCUGCUUCAUGUGCUCCUGCUGCUACCUGUACCAGCGCCGGCAGCACUCCCGCACACCCCUGCAAGGCCCGGAAAUUCCCCUGUCCAGCUACCACCCUGCAGCUCCCCCAGCUCCCUUCCCCGUGGACCCCAAAGCCGGCCCCACACCUCCCCAGCCUGGCUUCACCCCCAUGGCCAUGUACCCCCCGCCCGGCCCUGCUGCCCAGUACCCCAUGUACCCCUCCGGGCCCCCCGUCUACAACCCCACAGCACCGCCACCCUACG